AUGCUCACUCAUGUCAAUGAAAAUCCUAAAUUCGCCGAAACCUUAAAAUAACUAGUGGAAUGUGGAAAAGAUGGGGCAAUCAGAUGGCCAGAAAUAGCGAAAGUCCUGGAAAACAUGUUUCAUAUUACUAUUUCUAAGCCCUGUCUACUAAAGCCAGCAUAUCAAUCUAUCAUAAGUCCAAACGUGGAAUUAGAUAAAUAAUAGCUGAGAUUAUUGGUUACAACUGUCAUCAAGCAUUCAGCCAUAAUCAAACAAGCCUUGCCUGACUUCCAAAAGACAUCAGGAAUAUAGUAAAAUUGUAUUAUAUCUGCAGAAUUCAGUCAAAAAAGUUCUAAAGCAGAAUGUAUCGCUCCUUUAAAACAGCAAUAGAAAAUGGAAUCUAAAAAGAGACUAGUUAGAGUACCUGGAUCAGCAAUAUCUCGCGUAUUGUAGUGCAAGGUUCUUCCAUCAGAUGAUUCAUUCACUAAUAAAUUAAAAUUUAUGUCAGAAUAGCUUUCUCUUCUACUGAUGAUUAGUAUCGAUUAUGAUGGAGAAGAUAUCACAGAACUCUACUCUACAGUAACUUAGAAAAUGACAAGGAAGAACUUCCAUUUAUUAUUAAAUUGCAUUUCUUUCAUGUUCGAUUUAAAAUGUAUUAGCCAAGGUUAAAUUACACGAGAUGAUUAAUUAACUCCUGACUAUUGGUUAUAGCCUACAAUCAAAGAAAACCAGAAAUUAUAUGUGUAUAAUUAUUUCUUUGAGGAUGACAAUUGUUAAAAGUAUAAGAUGUAUUCAGACGCAAUUGAUGUCUAAUAAGAAAUGGAAUACAAAGUGUUUUUAAAUAUUAAUCCUAUAUCCUAACCUAAACAACAGUCGUUCUUAAAAAGGAAUGUCAAGUUGAAAACAGUAAGAGGAAGAAUAACUGUGAAUGAUAAAAAGUAUCCCAGUGAAAGAACUAUUAUCUUUGCUGAACCGGAAGAGGAAAGUGAAGAAGAAUUUUAUGAUAUCAAAUUUGGUAGAAAGUAGAAUUGCUUAUGA